UCAACUUGUUUUUCAGAUGGCCUGGAUAGGACUGUACCAAGAUGUGAACAGCUGGAGAUGGGCGAUGUCAGACCCAAAUUUCUAUGAAAAUGGCAAUGCUAACUUCAGAAACUGGAAAGAUUCCGAGCCAAACAAUUACAAUGGCCUUGAAUCCUGUACAAUGUUGAGCAUGCCUGACAAUGGUAAAUGGAACGAUAUGCCCUGUGAUAGCUUGGCAGAACCAAUCUGCUCUGAUGUGACAGGACUCAAUGUGACGUUUGUUUACAUCAACAAUUCUAUGAAGUGGUUUGAUGCCCUGAGCUUCUGCAGAGAGUAUCACACAGACCUGGCCAGUGUGCGAAACAUGGAAGAGAACCAGAAGAUCAUGGAGCUGACACCUGCAGGAAAAAAGCCCUGGAUUGGUCUUUUUAGAGACACUUGGAAAUGGACUGAUGGAAGUAACUCCUCAUUCAGGAACUGGAAGGUUGGUGAACCUAAUAAUUACCAAAACCAAAACGAGAACUGUGCAGUAGCAGAUUUUGAAAGCUCUGGACAGUGGGAUGACAGGAACUGUGAUGAAAAGAGAGCAUUCAUUUGCUACGCUGUCCCAAAGAAAAGGUACCUGCUAAAGCUGAAGAUAGAGGAAAACUCAUCUCUUAAUCUAGAAGAUCCUGUUGUGCUGGAGGAACUUCUGAAGCAGCUCAAGCAGAAGCUGAAGGAUCAAGGAGUGACUGGAGACCCUAAACUGAGAUGGAAGAAACAGUCAAAUGGAAAGAUCUUCCACUAAGAAAAGAAGCAGAACGAAGAACACAGAGACCAUUUCCAAAUUAAAAACAAACAUUGAAAAAAUUAUACUUAUUUUUAAUGUCAAUCUAUUAUUUUACCAGAAUGUCCAAGUGAACUCACAUUGCUCUUCUUGGUCUUGCCCCAGUUUACUUAACAGAGCUUUGAAGUGUUCAUUCUAGAGUUAAAGGUCUGCCACCAGUGUCUGCUUCAUUCAGCCAGGUCACAUUAGAAACACGAAGGUAAUCAAGCUUUUUCUAUUGCUGGCCUUCAUUUAUGGAAGAAUAUUCCUGCAGAACUGUGCGUGACAUUAGAUCCUAAAUGUCAACUAAAAACACCCUUUUACAAUGGCUUUAAUACUCACAAGCUGGUGGCGUCUUAUUUUAUUUUACUCAACUGAAUUCUUAUCUGUCUUGCAUGUAUUUUAUUGGUAUUUGUGAUUUUAUGCUGUUUUUUAUUUUUGUUUCCUGAUCUACUCAUUUAAAUUUUGUUGUAUUUAUUUUUCUCUUGAGGUUUAAGAUAUUCAUUCAUUUAUUGUUGUCAACUUGACCUCUUCUGCUUUUCCUCUAUUAAAUAAAACAAAUGAUCAGUACCAA